CCAGGUUGCUUUGUAAUUUGGAUCCAAGCCAUCUCUAUGCCAAGACUCCUCUGCCAACGACUAGCUUUCCCAAUUCCCAUAGCUACUUCACCAAUACCUUUUCCUCAUUUCUCCACCAAAUCUCUAAACUUUCCCAAAAACCCAACACCUUAUUUGGCCAUGGCAAAUCCCUCUGCAGCCAAAGCACCAAUCACCCAUGUCAUUUUCGAUAUGGACGGCCUCUUACUAGACACAGAGAAGUUCUAUACUGAAGUCCAGGAAAUUAUACUUGCUAGGUACAAUAAAACUUUUGAUUGGGCUUUGAAAGCAAAAAUGAUGGGAAAGAAAGCAAUAGAAGCUGCUCGGGUUUUUGUUGAAGACACUGGACUUAGUGACUCUCUUACUGCUGAGGACUUUCUAGUUGAAAGAGAGGCAAUGUUGCAGAAGUUGUUUCCAACAAGCGAGCUGAUGCCAGGGGCCAGCAGGUUGAUCAGACAUCUACAUGCGAAAGCAAUACCCUUUUGCUUGGCAACUGGCUCUCAUAAGCGACAUUUCGAAUUGAAAACACAAAGCCAUCGUGAGCUUUUUUCAUUGAUGCAUCAUGUUGUCAACGGUGACGAUCCAGAAGUUAAACAAGGCAAACCCUCACCAGAUAUUUUCCUUGCAGCGUCCAAACGUUUUGAGGGUGGGCCAAUAGAUCCAAAUAAAUGUCUUGUGUUCGAAGAUGCACCCUCUGGAGUUCUUGCAGCUAAGAAUGCUGGAAUGUCUGUUGUAAUGGUUCCAGAUCCAAGGUUGGACAGCUCUUUUCAUGAUGCUGCAGACCAGGUUCUGGGGUCCCUGUUGGAUUUUAACCCAAGUGAUUGGGGUUUGCCUCCAUUUGACAAUCCAGCAAGCUAAACUCUGUUGUACUUAUGCUGCAAUUGGGAAACAACAAUGGGCACAUCAUUGCAUUAUUCUAAAAUUGGUCAGCCACUUGAAAAGUGUGAUUUUUUUUUUUUUUUUCAAGAUUACCAGAUUCCUUUGCUUAUUUGAUAGCUUAACAUACAUGUAAGGGCUAUCGACAGAUGAUGCAAAACUAGACUCGCAUCAACUGCAAUGGUGAGAAAUUUUUUAUCCAGUAUAACCUGUAGAAAUUCCUGAUGAGAAGAAUAUAAAGUUGGAAUUGGUUUAA